AUGGAUUGCCAUGCGGCGGCGCCCCCAAAUAUGGACCAACUUAAGACCAUCAAGCACGCGCAGGCGCCCCUCUGCCCUCUUCUAAGUCUAGGCUCUCUGGCAAAGCGGUGGGUGACUCGUUGGACGUUUGACCGCACGCCGCGGACUCGGACGAUAGUGUCCAUGCCUGUCUCGCUGCGAGGCGGACCACGAGGCCUGGGUACCAAAGUCAACCCAAGAAUCAAACUGGAUCCCCCGCCAAGUAUGGUCAAGCAGCAGCGGGCUAUUGGUUGGACGUUCCUGGCCUUCCCCCUUUGCGGCAGCCCUGGAUCCGACUUUGUGAGGGCAGAAGAGGUACUGGGUCCAUAUGCGGCGAGAGGGAGCUCAAGCUGCGGUAAGGGAAUACGCAAUCCCCCAAGAGAACCCGCACCGUUGAAGGGAAGAGACAAGCCUGCCGCAACGCAACGCACCCUCUCACUUACACCAUCUCCCUUUCUCUUCGCUUCCUUUGACUUUGCUCCGAUUCCUCCCACUUCCCUCACCUACAUACCGUACUUCCUUCACACACUCUUUCUUUCCGCAUCUACAACCUCUGGUCAAUACUUUAUUUUCAAAGUCAGUGACAUUCAUCUGUACAACCACCCCCUUGUCGCCGCCUCUCGCUUCCAUGUACCGCCUACAGCCCCUCCGUCUCAAUGGAUGGAAAUUCCCCCGAAUCCCCCCAUGCCCGCAUCCCCAAACACCGCCCGACGAUCUGCUGUUCUGCUAUUCCUUCGGAGCCUACACUACGGAUACACGUACCUACACUACCCCGCGUCAGCGCUCUUGCGAAUCACGUUGCUUGCCUGA